GCUCCACUCCGUGAGACGUGCUGGCGUAAAUAUUGGUCCCUGCGAUCCGUGGAAAUAAUCAAGUCUUUAACACAGCGCAACAAACUACAUACAGUCCACAACUCUAUCACACUGAGCUACAAGAGGCACACCUAAUUGCCAGAUCACAGCAUCGGUUGCUAACCAAGCUUUACAAAACCAGAUUCGCGGCUGAAGCGUCCACAAUACUAAGGAGUUAUCCAGUACUUGCCAUUGGACCAAAUAUUCAGCCAUUAGAAAGGUACGUGGUUGAUUUUCAGUGCACUUUUUUUAUUAUAAAAAUUAGCAAAUCACAAAUAAGACAAAAACCGCGCGGGAAAUUGUGAAACACAAAAGAAAAGGAAAUUCAGUGUACUUGCGAGUUUUUAGAAAAAGGGUUAAGUCAUUGCAUUUUCAUUAUACACACAUGUAUAUGAAUACGAGCGGGAAGUGCGUCCAUUUUAAAUCACUCACAGUGUUGUUAGUGUAAAACUGAGUUCGUCAACUUAAAGCACACACACUAAUACAAUUUCUUAUAGUUUCAUAAGUGCAAAGCGUAGAUUUCUUAUCGGCUUUCACAUUAUAUUCCACGUUUUAUUCGUGUUGCUGACGGAUUUUUCGAGAUUUUUCCAUUAUUUUGGACUUCCCACAAAUAUCUUUUAGUUUCACUACUGCAAUCGAUUUCUGUUGCAGUUUUUUAAAGCACAAUCAAACACUGACUACCCCUUUUCUUUUACUUCCACAAGAUUCACUUGCGCGUAUUCAAGCACAAAAAACCUCUGUUUUUCACCGCCAAUUAAACUUGAAAUAUCGAGGCGGCCGAAAAUAAUUAAAUAUUCAUACGUUUUAUACUCUGUUUUUUUAACACUUCAUCGAAAAGUUGGGUGGCAAGUGAUUCCUCCUGUACAAUUUGCGCAGUCACUGUCACACAACCACAUAUUCAUAUUCAAUUUGCACGUACAUAUUUACACAAAUCCAUAGAGCGUUUUUCGAACGAAAGACAACAUAAACAUAAAUUUGUACACACUAUAAUCCUUUGGCUGAAAAUAAAUAAAGUAGUUUUGAUACACUUACGUUGAUACCAAAAACUAAUAUCUUAUUAUUGGGAUAGUGGCAAUAUUUGCUGGCGCGGUAAAAUUUUUAUUUUGGUGUGGCUAUUCGGGUGAAAAAAUUCCAAUAAGGAUUUCACACUAAAUUUCAUUAGACAUACAUUAAAUCUGCGAUCAGAUUUCUAUCUGUGUGCUUUCCGUGGUAAUAAUUCUCUAACCCAACAAAUCUGCGGUCAGAUACUCAUCAGUAUUACCACGAACUAUACAACCCUUUGCCCCACAUUUAACGGCUUUAACAUCCAAAAAUGGAAACCUUCAUUCGAUUGGCAGACGCCAUAACCGAAUUUGAGAGUGACUACAGCAGUACGCCAUUCGAAGAUCAGAAUAAGCAUGCCCUUGCAAUUCAGCAAGAGGAAUUGAGAGCCAUGUGGAAGAAAACAAAGUCAGCCCAUGAAGCCCUCAUAAACACCGAGCUGUCAAGAGAUGAUAGAUUAUCUGUAAAAGCCAAAAAUAAGAGUAGUUUUGGCUGCUAUAUGAAGUGCAUGGCUGCAAUAGCGUCUGAUUUAGAAAAGUUAGCGAAAAUUGAGAACGAAAACGAAGAUGUAUCUGUUCGGGAGCACCAUAUUCAUCUGCCUCCCUGCGACACAGAUAUCUUCAAAGGGGAUUAUCUUUCAUGGCCGUCAUUCAGAGAUAUGUUUACGGCCAUUUACAUUCUCAAUAAGCGUCUUACCCCUGUUGAGAAACUAUUCCAUCUCAACCAAAAAACUCAAGGGGAAGCUAAAGAAAUCGUGCGAAGGUGUCCUUUGACUAACGAAGGCUUUUCAACAGCCUGGAAAAAUUUAAGCGAUCGAUAUGAGAAUAAACGUAUUCUGGUCAAUACGCAAUUAAAAAUUUUAUUCAACUUAAACGCAGUUGAGAGCGAAUGUGGUAGCUCUAUUAAGAAACUGCAGCGGGACAUAAAUAAUUGCAUCUCGUCCCUUCAAUGUCAUCAGAUUGACAUUUCUAAUUGGGAUGCAAUUAUAACGUAUUUAUGCUCUACGAAACUGCCAGAAUGCACACUGGCUCUUUGGGAACAAACCAUAGAGAACAAAACAGAGAUCUCAAAAUGGGAAGAUAUGGAUAAAUUCUUAUCCAAUCGUUUUCAGACAUUAGAAACCGUUUCAGGGCUCAAAGGCAACAAAACAGCUAAGACGCCUAAGCCCCAAAACACACGGCAAAUGCCGGAAGCGCUUCCAAAGAGACUUGGCGCUUUUCAAGCUAGUGUCGCCAAAAAAUUGUGCACAAUGUGUCAAAAUAGCGAGCAUAAGUUACGACACUGCGAAAGAUUCCGCAAGUUAACCCCUUCCGACAGAAUUGAGUACGUCAAGAGCAAUAAACGUUGCUUGAAUUGCUUGUCAGCCAGACAUACGGUGACAAGGUGUACCAGUCCCUUUAAUUGUAGCGCGUGCCAUUCAAGGCAUCAUACGUUGCUCCACCUACAACAAGCAGUUCAGCCAAAAGCAACAGAUCGUAGGGGAACUCCGAACUCCUCAGGUGACGGCGCCUCAACUUCAAGGCAGGCUCAGUUAAGACGGGACUCUGGAAAAGAAAAUACCGAAACAGUUAAAAAUGUGAACUCUUGCUUUGCUAAUACAAACAAAGGAGUGCUACUAGGAACUGCGCGCGUAGAUAUACAUUAUAAGGGUGUUAAUUUCUCCGCCAGAGCACUGAUAGAUUCGGGAUCUGAAUGCUCUUUUAUAACUGAAAGACUUAAACGCAGAAUUAACCUGCCAUCAAAACGCUUGCAUGCCCAAGUCUCGGGCAUCAAUAAUUCAAUAUCUGCGCAGGUAAAGGAAGCGUGCGCCAUUCAAUUGCGGUCGCCCACAGACCCAUUAAUAACCAUAGAUGCUGUUGUACUGGUUUUACCAAAAUUAACAGGGGAUCUGCCGACUUGCCAAGUAAGCGCAAUGACCCGGCAAGCAUUCCCAGACUUGGUCUUGGCGGACAAAAGGUUCUUCAUUAAUGAGCCAGUGGACCUCGUACUCGGAGGAGACAUAUAUCCUCAGAUCAUUUUAAGCGGCAUAAAAAAGAACGUAUUAAAUACGCUCCUCGCCCAGGAAACCGUGUUCGGUUGGAUUUUAACCGGUUGUGCGGAAGCAUCGAAUCCAACCAACAAUAUCUUAUCAUUUUACAAUGAAGUCAACCUGGACAAGCAGUUAACCGCUUUCUGGGAGCUGGAGGAAGUUCCUAAGAAAAAAAGUCUGAAUGACGACGACACCUAUUGCGAAGAUCUGUUCAAGGCCACAACCGAAAGGAACGCAGAAGGGAAAUACAUCGUGUCUUUACCCUUCAAAAAGGACUAUCCGAACAACCUUUCCUUAGGACCAUCGCUGAGAGGCGCCUGCUCUCAGUUCUACCGGAACGAGACGCGCCUAGCGAAAAAACCUGUCCUGCAAACGGAAUAUAAUCGGGUUUUGGGGGAAUAUGAGACGUUAGGGCAUAUGUCUAAAAUAUCUGAUAAUGUGCCAGCAGACUCAACUGACUGUUAUUACUUACCUCAUCACGCUGUUUUGAAGGAAGAAAGCAUCAGUACAAAGGUCAGAGUCGUAUUCAACGCCUCAUGCCCUACCGCCAAUGGCACGAGCUUAAAUGAUGUCCUCCAUCCCGGUCCAGUUCUUCAGGCCGAUUUAACCAUCCUCAUCCUCCGUUGGAGACUGUUUAAAUAUGUAUUCAACAGCGAUAUCGAAAAGAUGCAUCGGCAAAUUCUGUUGCAGGUUGUCCCGUCUCUUCGUCCAGUUUGUCCAUCAAGUUUCCUUACACGGAGAAAACCAGCUGAUGUUGCGCCUAAUCCGAGCGCAGUAUUGGAUCCCGAAGGUGAAAAACAUGAUACGGUCCGUCAUACACAAUUGUAA